GGACAAUAUGGAGUAUUAGAGGUGGAUUCCAUCAAGUCCACAAUCCCGGCUUCGCCAAGGCUGAUUAGACUGUUCCACUUGCAAAGAAACUGGGGUUUGGACUACGGUAUAUGCAAGGGUGGAUAUAUAUGCUAUUGAUAAAGCCAGGAGUGCUAGAUUGCCCAAAGCAAUCAACACGAUGUGUCGUUGAUGUCGAUAUCGUGGCUCGAUGAUAAAAAUUUUUUUGGGGAUAUCCGAGGGGCCCUGAAGCAUAUGGUCGUUACAAUCUCACUGGUGGCAAGUCCGCCGAGAUUGAACAUGAUUGGCCCUCACGACCUUUUGUGCAGUUUGUGCAACGAUAGCAGAUGGGGUCCAUGGCCUAAUGCUGCAGGCUGUACGAGAGGCAAAAGUUGGAACUGCAGAAGCGGCUCGAAAGUUGUCGGGGUCAACUAGACCUGCAACUCAAUUUUCUUUCCAGGUUUGAUGUCAUAUCCAAUCUUGACUGAGAUCAAAGAGAGGCUAGAUGCGGGCAUCAAGUCAUCGGGAGAAGUCAACUUCGAGCUUGGAACUAUCCAGGAACACGUCAAAGAGAUUCGCCAAGGCAUUGCAAUCUCAUCUCUCAGUUCUGAAGCCAAAGAACAGCUCAAAAGUCUCCUAGUUUUGACCGAAGUUGUAUACGCCAAGGUGGCACAGGAGAGAGUCUUGAAAGCUCUCGACUUUCCUGACAAGUAUGUUCGAGUCGACGCAAUAGAGAAAGCCCACUCGCAGACGUUUGACUGGAUCUACACGGACAGUAAGCGUCAUAACGAAAAUUCGCAAUCAUUCGUCAAGUGGCUAGCAACUGGCAGUGGGACUUACCAUAUCUCGGGGAAGCUUGGCUCUGGGAAGUCGACAUUGAUGAAGUUUCUACGCGAUCAUAAACGUACAAGGGAAGAAUUGCAAAAAUGGGCCGGUCCUGGUCAAGAGUGCCCAGAUAUGAUACCGACUGUUCUACCUGAUCUUUGGAAGCAAGUGACGUCUCUGCCGUGGCAAGCGUCCGCGAACUUACAAUUUCGAGCCGAGGAUGCAAGGCUUGGGUUUGCUCGCCUUCUUCAAUGUCGAAAUGUGUACGACGAGCACUGCUUUUGCUUCCUCAUAGACGGACUGGACGAAUAUCAAGAGACACACCAGGAAGACUAUAAAGCCAUGAUAGAAUUACUCUCAGACUGGACCAGUACAGCGCCUAGUUAUGUGAAACUCUGCGUUGCCAGCAGAGAGUACAACGUAUUUCUGAACUUCUUCGAUAAGAACAAGCGAUUGCGGCUUCAGGACCUAACAAGAGAUGAUAUGGAACACUAUAUUCUCGACCGGCUAGAAGCUUCCAAAGACAAAGAAACAGAAGAUCUGGUCCCGACGAUAGUCGAAAAGGCCAAUGGUAUCUUUCUUUGGGUGACUUUGGUACUAAAGUCUAUUCGGGCACGACUGGAAGACGGAUAUAGUCUUGCCAUAGUCGCAGAGGAGGUCAAAUUUCUCCCAACUAAGCUGGAAUCACUGUUUCGUUAUCUUCUAGAUUCCAUUACCCAAUCGUCUCUCAAAAAAGCAUCCCAAACUUUUUCUAUGGUCAACCUCUACCAGUCGAACAAAUUUGACUUUGAGGUACCGAGGCUUGAUUUUCUCUCUUACUCCUUCUUGGACGAAUAUGCAGAAGGCAAGAACAUGGCACUAAUAAAUCCAUUCCCCUGGUCUGAAACAGACGAACCUGCCGUGCUGGACCGAAAACAGUUCGCACACAAGAGGCUGAACGGGCAUUGCAAGGGCUUUCUUGAAUCGGAUGAGAAUGGGAAUAUUUUUGUCGAGGAUCACGGUGGAGAGAUAUCUCUGAUUAAACUCAUUGAAUAUUGCGACUUCAACAACAAAAAUGAGGUCAUCGAACUCUUGAGAUCAAACACCACCAAUCUCUCCAAAACGAAAGGACCGCAGGCAGAGGAAAUCGAGAAGGACGCGGCGAUAGAUUGUACGAACGAACCUCGAGGCUCUGCUUCGGAAUCUGAGGCUCGGCCGCACCCAAACUCGAACCGCGACGAAGGGACCGGAGCGGCGACCGCACCAUCGCCGAAGUGGAACAGGUUCCGGCCGAGCUUCGCACAGCUUCAGCCCCUGCUUAUCUUCCUACUGGGCAAGUCCGCACCCUCGCGAAGCCCCCUUGUGUCAGAGCGCUAAACCCCCGACUCUAGGCAUAGCAGUCGCUCUCGUGAUGCCCGGGCCCGUAUACAGCCAUGAUACGGUUGAGCGACAGUGAGGAUGACCCGGCAAUAAACGAUAUCAGGAGAUGAUGGACACGUAACACGAAUAGGGUUAAUAGUAGGUCUGUUGGUGGUUUUUGUGAAACGGCCGGGGAAUAAAGUUAUCCUCUAUUCAUGAUGAAGGCUACCUAAAUAGAUAUCCUGGG